AUGAUAAAACGAAUAUUCACUUCGAUACAAGUGGGAAGUAUAUCUAGAUGGACAUUUCAAUAUAUACCGAAAAGGUUCAAUAGUAUUCCAGUUGAAAGAGUUAAAGAUUUUGUAGAUGUUUGUAUCAUUGGAGGUGGACCGAGUGGUUUAAGUACAGCCAUUAAAUUAAAACAGUUAGAUCAAAAUGAUAGUCUCAGGGUCAUGAUUCUUGAAAAAUCAUCAGAUUUCGGUAGCCAUAUAGUUAGUGGGGCCGUAAUUGAACCUAAAUCAAUUAAUGAAUUAUUUCCAAAUGAAAUCAAUCCCCAGGGUAUUGCGUUACCUUCUGACUUAAUUACUAAAGUUACCUCAGAUCAUAUGUUAUAUUUAACCAAGAAUUCUAGUUAUAGUCUACCCGAACCACCUCAAAUGACGAACAAAAACAAGAAUUUCAUCGUUAGUUUAAAUAAUGUUGUAAAAUACUUAUCUGAACGGGCUGAAGAACUCGGUGUUGAAAUGUAUCCUGGAAUAUCAGUAUCUGACGUAAUUUACAAUAAGAAUAAAGAUGGUGUUAUUGGAGUAGUGACUCAAGAUAUGGGAAUUGACAAAAAUGGUGUUGCAAAAGAUAGUUAUGAACCAGGUAUGGAAUUUUAUUCAAGAUUUACUAUAUUGGCUGAAGGUUGUCAUGGAAGUUUAAGUAAAAAAGUAAUUAAUCAAUUCAAUUUGAGGAAGGAUAGCGAUCCACAAACUUAUGGACUUGGAAUUAAAGAAGUUUGGGAAAUUGAACCUUCUAAAUUUAAGCGUGGUGAAGUUUUACAUUCAAUUGGAUAUCCCUUGAGUUCAGAUACGUAUGGAGGCGCGUUUAUGUAUCAUUUUGAAAAUAAUUUAAUUUCAAUUGGUUUAGUUAUUGGGUUGGAUUAUUCAAAUCCUUAUAUUUCUCCAUAUUUAGAAUUUCAAAAAUUGAAAAAACAUCCUGUCUAUUCUGAUGUGUUGAAAGGUGGGAAAUGCAUUUCAUAUGCUGCAAGGGCAUUAAAUGAAGGUGGAUAUCAAUCAAUUCCAAAAUUGACAUUUAAAGGUGGAGUUUUAAUUGGUUGUUCUGCUGGUUUUAUGAAUGUUCCAAAAAUAAAAGGAACUCAUACGGCUAUUAAAUCAGGAAUUAUAGCAGCUGAAGAAAUAUACAAAAAAGUACAACAUUUGGACUCAGUAGACGAGGAGAACUUUGAGGAUCAAGAAAUUAUAGAUUUAGUUGAAUAUGAAACUGAAUUCAAGAAAUCAUGGGCUUAUCAAGAAUUGUAUGAGGUAAGGAACGUUCGUCCAUCAUUUGAGAAAUUUGGGUUAAUUGGUGGGUUAAUACAUAGUGGUAUUUCAACAAUGAUCACGAAUGGGAAUGAACCAUGGACAUUACAUAACAAAACACCAGAUUAUGCAAAAACAAAAAAUGCAGAACUUUAUAAACCUAUUAAUUAUCCAAAGGCAGAUAAUGAAUUAACUUUUGAUAUUUUGACAUCUGUUAGUAGAACGGGUACAUUUCAUGAUGAGGAUGAAUUAUGUCAUUUACAAUUAAAAUCGAAAAGUUUAAAACGUCAUUCAAAGAUGAAUUGGGAAAAAUAUAAAGGUGUUGAACAACGAUUCUGUCCUGCUGGCGUUUAUGAAUAUUUAAAAGAUGAUAAAGGAGAUGUUAAAUUUCAAAUUAAUUCUCAAAAUUGUAUUCAUUGUAAGACUUGUGAUAUUAAAGAUCCGGCUCAGGAUAUUAAUUGGCAAGUUCCUGAAGGUGGUGAUGGUCCUAAAUAUUAUAUGACCUGA